AUGCUUGCGCUGGGCAAAGGAGGGUGUGAUGAUGAUGAUGAUGAUGAUGAUGAUGAGGAGGAGGAGAAGAAGAAGGAGAAAGAGAAAGAGGAGGAGGAGGUGGUCUACUCGUUGGUCUACGCUUUGAUUUUUGUCGUCGGUGUGGUGGGGAAUGGACUUCUCAUCUCGUCGGUGCUACUUCGGAAGCGAUCCACCGUCGCUAACGUGUUCCUGGUGAAUCUUGCCGUUUCCGAUUUGUUAUUGUGUAUCACGGCUGUGCCAAUAACACCUGUAUUGGCAUUCAUGAAACGUUGGAUGUUUGGUCUUGUGCUGUGCAAAAUUGUUCCGUCCUGUCAGGCUAUAUCAGUGUUGAUCUCUUCAUGGUGCCUGUGCUAUAUUGCUAUUGAUCGCUACCGGAGUAUAGUGACUCCAUUGAAAGAACCAUGGAAAUUGAAACACGCUCAAAGAAUAUUAAUAUGUACUUGGCUUGUGGCGAUGUUCGCUUCAUCACCCUUAUAUUUCUCGCAAUCGUUGAAGACGUUAACCAUGGCGAAUAUUUCUCUCUGUGGCGAGUUUUGUGGUGAAUUCAAUUGGGAUCAAGAGGAGCACACGAAACUCGUCUAUGGAUUUUCGUUACUUGUCGUUCAAUUCGUAAUUCCCGCCAUUAUUAUGUCAUUUUGUUAUUGGAAAAUUCUUCAAAAGGUUCGAGCUGAUUGGAUCGUCGAAGAGGGCUCAAUGUUAACAGCAGCUCAACAAGCUCAGACUGCUGUUCGAAAGAAGCGUGUAAUGUACGUGCUAAUACUGAUGGUUGUAGUGUUUAUGACCAGUUGGUUACCACUUUCUGCCGUUAAUCUGAUUAAGGAUCUAGAAAUCCCUUUGAUACUGGAACAGAUGUACUUCAAAUUGUUGAAUGUGCACGCUAUAGCGAUGACAUCAGUUGUAUGGAAUCCUUUGCUGUAUUUCUGGAUGAGUAAGCGACAUCGUCGAGCUCUCAAAGAUGAUAUGACAUGGUUGACAAACGUACGUCGACAUACGAAUGUUGGUGUUCUAUCCAGAUUUGCACCAUCACCAUCCGUAUCGUUGGUGUAUCGACGAACACUUGAACGACAUCUUGGUGUCACAAAUUUUAGGGUCAACCACGACCUCUCUUCGAUCUUCGAGACCGAAGGUGCCGUUACGUACGAAAAUUUUCCAAGCAAUCCAUUUGUAGUAGUCUCAAGAGCUGUGCCUCAUCACCUAAGGCGUGGAACGUUGGCCGAUCCCACGUGUAUGUCACGUGAACGAGCGCAUGCCGAUUUACAAUCGAAUUGUUUCCUUCUCGUACCGCUUAUGCCACUUUGUCAAUCCGUUUCAAGAAGAAAUAGUCAUCUAACAAUCGAUGAUCAUAGGAUACCGCUCUCGAAACAGUCAAGCCGUAAAACGAGUACUGGAUCGACCACAUUGACAAAAGAUCGGUGA